UAUAAAUAAAAUAAAUGAUUGGCAGAUAAAUCUUUCGUGCAUUUUCAUCAACUACAACUCCAUAUGUGUGGGUUAAUAAGCACACAAAGGUGAUAUGUUAAGGUAUCACUGGAAAUUAGGUAAUUAAUGAUAUUAUAAGACUAGGGUACAUUCUAAACAGAAUAAGCAUUAAACUACUUUACAAAAAUGGUUGGUGGAGUGUCACCAAAGAGUAAUAUAAAUAUAUAUAAAUUAUAGAGGCUGGAAGCACACAUCUAGGAUUGCCAGUUUUUAAGAAUUGUUAAGAAGCUAAAUAAGUCACAGGAUGUGAUGCAUCAGUAAUAUAUGUACCUCCACCAACAGCUGCAGCAGCCAUAAUUGAAGCUAUUGAAGCUUAAAUUGGCUUAGUGGUAUUAUAUAUUUUAUAUAUAUAACAAGGUUGUAAUCACUGAUGGAAUUCCUUAACAUGAUAUGAUUAAAGUUAAGCAUGCACUUAGAUCUUAAUCAGUAACACGUGUUAUUGGAGUAAGAUACUAAUAAAUAAAUUUAGCCUAAUUGUCCAGGAAUCAUUAAACCUAAUGAAUGUAAAAUUGGUAUCAUGCCAGGAUAUAUUCAUUAGAAUGGAAAAAUUGGUAUUGUUUCAAGAUCUGGUACACUUACAUAUGAAGCUGUUGAUUAAACUACUAGAGCAGGUUUAGGAUAAUCAACUGUAGUUGGUAUUGGUGGAGAUCCAUUCAAUGGAACUAAUUUUAUUGAUGUUUUAGAGAGAUUCAUGGUUGAUCCAGAAACAGAAGGUACAUAUAAUUAUUAUUAUUAAAUAGGUAUUGUUAUGAUUGGAGAAAUCGGUGGUGAAAAUGAAGAAAUGGCUGCUGAUUGGAUUAAAAAUAACAAUCCUAAAAAUAAACCAGUUGUUGGAUUUAUUGCUGGUAUCACUGCACCACCUGAAAGAAGAAUGGGACAUGCAGGAGCUAUUGUAUCAAGUAAUAUUAUAAAUUUAAAUUAUUUCUAGAGGGCAAGGGAAGUGCUCCUGAAAAAAUUAGAGCUCUUGAAUAAGCAGGAAUUAGGGUUGUUAAAUCACCUGCAUAAAUUGGUAAGACUAUGCUAGAAGUUAUGAAAGAAAAAGGAUUAGCAUGAAU